CUCUGACAGGAGGAAGAAGGCUUGUGACUGGCAGCCGGGGCUCCAACCUUCAAAAGCCGGCAGUUCUUUUUUGCUACUUCUUUUUAUAUAUAUUUAGAAACACAGGGAUCUAUGGCGACCAAAGGGAUGAAUCUCUGCAAUGUGUGCUGCCUGCUUCUUUAUGUCAUCACGGCGGUGCUCGCGGGGAGAGAUUUCUAUGCUAUCUUGGGGGUGACAAAGAGUGCAUCAAUCAGGGACAUCAAGAAGGCCUACAGAAAGCUGGCUCUUCAGUUACACCCCGACAGAAACCCGGACGACCCGAAAGCUCAAGACAAAUUUGCAGACUUGGGAUCCGCUUAUGAGGUGCUCUCAGAUGAGGAGAAAAGGAAACAGUACGACGCGUACGGAGAAGAUGGACUCAAAGAGGGUCACCACGGCUCACACAACGAUAUCUUCUCCAGCUUCUUUGGUGACUUUGGAUUCAUGUUUGGAGGCAACCGACAGCAACAGGACAGGAACAUCCCCCGAGGAAAUGACAUCAUACUAGACCUGGAGGUCACGCUCGAAGAGGUGUACUCUGGGAACUUUGUGGAGGUCGUACGUAACAAGCCGAUAGCCAAAGAAGCCCCCGGCAAGAGGAAGUGUAACUGCAGACAGGAGAUGAGGACGACGCAGCUCGGACCUGGACGCUUCCAGAUGACUCAGGAGAUGGUGUGUGACGAGUGUCCCAACGUAAAGCUGGUAAACGAAGAGAGAACUCUGGAGGUAGAGAUUGAGCAGGGAGUGAGAGAUGAGAUGGAGUACCCGUUCAUCGGAGAAGGGGAGCCUCACAUCGACGGGGAACCCGGAGAUCUACGUUUCCGCAUCAAAGUGUUGAAACAUCCUGUGUUUGAACGCAGAGGAGAUGACCUCUACACCAACGUCACCAUCUCCCUGGUGGAAGCUCUGGUGGGCUUUGAGAUGGACAUCGUACAUUUGGACGGACACAAGGUCCAUAUAGUGAGAGAUAAGAUCACCAAGCCCGCGGCUCGCAUGUGGAAGAAAGGAGAAGGCCUGCCAAACUUUGACAACAUCAACAUCAGAGGUUCCCUCAUCAUCUCCUUCGACGUGGAGUUUCCUCAGACGCAGCUCGACGACCAGCAGAAAGAUGGUGUUCUGAGUCUCCUGAAGCAGGACUCCAUACAGAAGGUUUAUAAUGGACUACAAGGAUACUAACACAGCAACACACAACCUGGACUGUCAAAACACACACACACACACACACACACACACACACACACACACACACACACACACACACACAUCUUCAAUCAAUAGGACCGUGCUCCAUAAUUCUGGCCAGGGUGUAUUUAUUAUUUUCAGAUUGUUCUCAGGACGGCUUGAACCCAAUUUGUUUUUAAUGUUCUACAUUUUGCCCGCAGUGACGCAGAUGUUUUAUUUGAACUGUAUAACUGGACAGGAUGCCAUGUCUUUAGUGUACUUUGUUUUGGCCCCACGUUAUGUUGUAAUAAGGCCUUUUUUCCAUUUUUAAAAAGUGGAUUGACAAACACUGUAAACUAAUGUGUACCUUUCUGAGUACAGCUCACUACAUCUGCUGACAAACAUCUGAAGAAGCACCAACCUCUGAACAACCUGCGAGCAGCAGAUGUCCUGCUAGUUUUAUUAGUUUUAUGAAUGUAACAGCUGUUUGCUCUGAUCAGACUCCUGUUCAAUAACACUUUGUAAAUAAGGAAGAAAAGCUCAUUUGUUGUUUUUUAGUUUUCCUAAUUUAUGUUGACUCUUCUGUUUACUCGUUGCAAAGGGAGAACGGUCCGCGGUGCACAACCCCCGCGUUCACUGUGGCAAGAGUUGACCUCUUCAGUGCUUUUAUUCUGAAAGAAUCGCCACUGUUGAACAUUUAGUUUCACACACCUGUCUGACUCGAAGGGUCCUCAGACGGGAAGGAUCAGCGUCCCUGUUGGUUAAUAACGUGCUUUAGGGUUUCACUUCUCUCUGUUUUUACGAUCGACUGCAAACGCUGCCUCCCGAUGUUAUGAGAGUCAUGGCCUUAAGGGGAUAAUGUACUUUUGACUGAUUAUAAAUAAAGAUUUCUACAGAUUCGGA